GCUUCUGAAAGUUUCGACAGCACGGAGUUUGCGGUUGGCUUGGUGGUCUGCAACCUGCAUCUGAUGUGACUACAGCACUUGUUUUGGCUUGGUAAAGUUGCUACAGCAAUACGUUGUGGUCAUAAAAACAAAUCAACAACAACAACAACACAACAACAAUAAAUCAACAACAAAUCAACAAUCAAUCAAUCAAUCAAUCAACAUGUCAAACCCAGCAGCCAUCAAGAUUCUCAAGAGCACCACUUGGUUUUCCAAAUGCAGUGAUGACUUGGUCCAAGCACUGGCCGCCAAGCUGGAGCUGGUGGAUGUCAGCGAAGGUCAUGUGUUUAUCUCGGAAGGUCUUCCUGUGGACAAGUUAAUGAUUCUCGAGUCGGGCAGCUUGUACCGUACCAAGAUGCAUGUGGUCGAUGAUGCGGAGGGCGGGGGGCAUCCUGGCCACAAGCGUAGAGCCACCCUCAGCCAGUCUUUGCGCAACAUGAAGGCUGCAGAAGUGAGCAGUGCCAUUAAAGAAAAUGCGGUUGUGGUAGAUAUUGUGGAAGGUCAUGGACGUGUCACAGGACUGUUGCACAUUGUCUCGGAGAAUUCCUAUGCCUUUGCCACUGUCACCAGUAAGACGCCCUCCAAAGUUUGGAUCAUGUACGCCGAGGAUUUUCGAGAAAUUUUGAGUUCCAAUCCAGUCUUUAUGUUUGAUAUCAUGGGAAACAUGGCCACCGAACUACGAACAGGCAGCAAAUCCUUGCGAGCUGUCAUGGGCCAACUCCGUAGUAAAGGUGUGGGAGGCGACGGAGAGAAUGAAAAAGAAACCUUGCGAGUAUUGUGCUAUGAUACUACCUCGUGGGUAUCGGAUGCAUUUCAGCCUGCCGUCAAGGCAUUUAAUGCAGAUCCUGAAAAUUCCUUUCAGAUGAUGAUAGACUUUACCACGGAACGAUUGGGGCCGCAGAGUGCAACGUACGCAGCAGGAUAUGAAGCGAUUUGUACCUUUGUCAAUGACACGGCCGAUGCUGGUACCAUCCAAACUCUCAGUCGUUUGGGGGUGAACAUGAUUGCCCAACGAGCGGCUGGGUUUGAUCGUGUGGAUACCAAAGCAGCACGAGCAUACGGAAUGACAGUGGCAAGAGUCCCCGCCUACAGUCCCUAUGCUGUUGCAGAGAUGGCCAUCGCAUUGCUCAUGGCCGUAAAUCGCAAAACAUCCAAAGCCAGCAAUCGAGUCAAAAUGGCCAACUUUUCUCUGGAUGCUGGUCUCCUUGGAGUUGAUAUUCACGGGAAGACAGUUGGUGUCAUGGGCACUGGAAAGAUUGGUCAAAUUCUUUGCAACAUCAUCUUGGGAUUUGGAGCCAAACUUAUCUGCUAUGAUGUCUUUCAAAAUGAAGAAGUCAAAAAGGCCGGUGGUGUUUACGUGACAAAGGAUGAAAUCUUUGCUCAGAGUGACAUUUUGUUCUUUAUGAUGCCCCUCUUGCCCGCUACACGACAUACUCUGAACAUGGAUGUCUUGCCCAAACUGAAAAAGGGCAUGAUGCUCAUCAACACAUCACGUGGUGGUCUGGUCGAUACCAAGGCCUUGUUGCAAGGACUCCGCACUGGUGUCAUUUCUGGGGUUGGAAUGGAUGUCUAUGAGAAUGAGCAAGAAUAUUUCUUCCAAGAUUGGUCUGCCAAGAGGAUUCAAGAUCCAGAUCUAACGGCACUGUUGGGUGAACCUGGGGUGGUUAUGACAGCCCAUCAGGCCUUCUUCACCAAGGAAGCUGUCAACAAGAUCACUCAGACGACUAUGGAGAACCUGAGAGACUUCAAACUGGGAAAGCGUGAAUUUGACCAUCCCAACAACUGUAUCCCCAAAGAUGAUUGAUUUGACAUGAUUGACGCAUAGAGAUCUUGCAGCAUUUUGUGCUCUCGAGACAACAAUACAGUGGAGCAGGGAAGAGGGUCCUGUGUAGAAUUAUUAAUGAUUAAAUCUGCUGUUAG